UUUUAAUUCCUUCUUUCUUUCCUGCCAUAUAUCUGUGUUUUUUCUUUUGAGUUAUUUCUCGUGUAUUGCUUCUUCGUGUUUGUUGAAAGCUGCUGUUGUUAUAGAUGUACUGUGUUUUGUGUUUCGUUGAAGGAAGGGUGGACUCCCCUUCCCCCAAAUGAGACAUAAUGGAAAGCUGGAAGUAAAUUGAAAAGGGCAAUGCUUUUCAUCGAAGUCUACGGUGAUUUGUAUAGGCUUUAUGGUAGAAAGUUUGGAAUGCUCUUAUGUCAUUUGUAAGAGAGCUAUAGAAGAGAUAGAAAGUUGUAAUCUGUUUGUUGUCCUGGUAGCAUUGGGGUCCUAGGGCCUAAGUGGUUUAGGAAAAAGAAAAAGGAAAAAAAAAAAAAGAUGUUCGGUUUUAUUUUUACAUGCAUGAUAUCUGUGCUUCACUGCAACCUCCAACUUAAUGUCUUGUAUCUUAGGUUAUAGAUAUGUGGUAAAAUUGAGUUGAACUAGACAGGUGUUUAGAAAGUUUCCCAGGAAGAGGAAUUAACUCACUCAAUGUUUAUGCAUAGAAAUAUAGUUGGAAUGGAGGUGGUUGUUGUCAUCUGCUGAGGUUCAUACUUUACCACCUCCUGAAGACACAGAAUAAAGACAAGAGUCCAAGCCUAAAAGGAAACACAAAGAGAAAAUUGAAAGUUGUAGGGAUGGAAAGCUAAGAACCACGGUGCAAGGCUGGCAGAAAUCACUUUCAUGAAAAUGUGUUUAGAGUGUAGAUAUUCAUUUUGAUUUCUGAUUUUUUAAGUCUACUGGUAUGACACUUUAGCCCCUCCAAACAAAAAAUGACAUUCCCCAGAGUUAAAAUGAAUCCGUACAAGAUUUUAUUCAAAUGCAGAAUAAAUCCAAAUGAUUCCCACUCCCUCUUCAUGUGCUUUGGAAAUCAGAACUGCUGUGAUUGCUUUAAGUAAACAGAAAUGGACAUGAGAGAAAAUCAUUAUUCAUUUGAUAAAAGUAAGAAAACCUUGACGCACACUUUGAAUAAAUACACCUACUUCUUUGAUCCUCUGUAUAUGUGUUACCACAGGGUGUGCAUGUCUUAUUAGGAUUUUAGUUAAUGUCGAUUUCAUGAAAGACAGUGAUUUGGAAGCCAAGAGCUCUGUCUGUGUUUUGUUCAAGUAGCCGAGUAAUCUACUAUAUUGGCAGUAAUUGCUUCUGCUGCAUUCAUAAUGUGAAUCGCAUGUGACAUUAUGUGUACACUCUUUUCAGGUUUAUAUGGGUUUUCAAGGUAUGUAUUUGUGUUUGAUCCUAUAUUUCCUUUGUUAUCACAUUCUUUUACUUUUUAUCACUUCAACUACGGAAUAUUUUGACAUUUUCUGGAGAGUCAGUUUGGGUGUGUUUUCUUUGAGGAAUACAGCUCCUCAUCACAAAAAAUACAAAAAGAUAACUGUCUUUGCUUAUCAAUACUAUUAUGAUUUGGUUUAAAUGCACUUUUAAGACAUUUAGAUUGCUGUGUGUACAUGUCUUAAUUUACCUUCUCUGGGCAUGAUUUGUGUUAUUUGACAAACAAAACAAAGUUACUUUAGGUGAAUGCCUAUUAAACAGAGUACUUUGUUAAGAUGAGGUAUACUUAAAGGAACUUAUACAGCUCCAGAAAUUGGCUUUCAGCUUCUCAGCAACUUACUUUCACUAAUGCUGAUUUAUCUUUUACAGUAUUUAGCUCAGACUGAGACAGGUUUGUAUGUGCCACUAGAUUUCCCAGUGACUUUCCUUCUUAGAUCCCAGUUGAGUGUGGUUACCUUGAGAACUGUGGCAUUAGCCCCGUUAGAGCAUGCUCCACUGGGGAGUUCUGUGCAAUCUAUUUUUAAUGCUAUUUAAUGAAGGAGCGGGUGCCUCAAUCAGCAAUAAAAGAAGCAUGAGGGAAGACAGAGCAUUGCAUGGUUAUGGAUACUGGAGAAGGAUAUUUGGAAAGGUAAAGACUGACCACUGGGCAUGGUAAUAGGUCUUAAUAUUCUAUUAAUAGAAAUCAAUGUAAUUUAGUGAGAGAAUAAUACAUGAAUAGUUUGAUAUGUGUUUUCAUAAACCUCUUCACUAGUUCUUAGAAAGAAUAUUCAAUAUUUUGAGUUCUUUAAAACUUGAGGGAGUUACUAACCGGGGAGUUCCUGCAUGCAUACUAUUUUUAAUACCAGCUGUCAGAUUCUUGGGUGGUGAGAAGUACAGGAAUGAUUUCAAAUUCCUAAGAUAUUGUUCUAGCACAGGAUUUGGGGCUUGUAACACAUUCUGGGAAUAAAAUAACUAACAUCCUUCUAAGAUUCUAUGAUAACUUAAAGUUCUGCUUUUUCAAUCGUUUUAUUUUCUUUUACGAACUUGGAGUCUUGGUCCAGAAUUGUGGCAACCAGGUGUAGCAGGAAGUUUUGAUUGAACUUGAUAGAAGAUUUGGUUGUUUCCUCCCUAGCUUUAAGAUAAAUACCACAGAUUAGCAUACUGAAGGCUAAAUAUUUUAAAAAUAUAAAUAGCAGAGGCCGCACUGGUAACUUUUGGAAUGUUAUAAUGAGGGGCAAAUUGUCUUAACUUUAUAGUGUGGAAAAUACAAUAAGCCAUCUGUCUGCAACAUUUGCAUGUAUACAGAACACCUGUCUUGAGGUAGAAAGCGAGAAUGUUCAGUCAGAAAGGUCUCUUGUUCAUUUUCAUAUUAACAACAUAUUAUAAUCAGGUUAUUCCUUUGUUCGAGUAAAGCUCAUUAGACAAAGUGCUUAAAUAUUUUCAAAAUUAAUAAAGAUAAGAGAAAAUGAGUUUAUGUUAAAUGAGGAAGUGAGUCACAUAAUUAUUUUUAAAUGAAGCUGUUAGAACAAUAUGCAAAGUUGAUCUGGAUUUUGCCAAUUUUUAUGACAAAUAACCCCCAAAAUAAACUACUAAGGAAAAUGUAUCAUAAGGAGUUACUGUGAUUUUUUUUUGUUGUUGUUCGUCUUUUCAACUUAGUACUUCUAGAAGGGGAAAGCAAUCCACACUGGCUGUAAUAUUUCCCUUAGUGAUUGCGCCACUUGGACCGCAGUGAUGAUACCUUUCUCAAGCUUCCCACGUCAGUGGGCAUUUUCAUCUGAAUUCAAUGUGUAUUUUGUCUGUGGACAAGAUAAUGAUAAGCUACAUGAGUAGAGUGUGGAAUGAGUCAGCCACUGAAGACACAGUAUACAACGUAGCCAAAAGUGAAUAUGAUUGAGAAUUCUCAUUAGGGUGAAUAGGCAGUUUGAAGUCCAUAGGUUGGAAAUUGCAAAUUAGCCAUUUGUAUAUAAGUCAGUUUAAUUCAGAUCUGCUUUGUGGCAAGGUUAGGAAAGAAUGUGGGGCUUAAAAGUGAUCUCGACACUGAAAGCUAUUUCUUCUAAUGGUUGACGAUGAUGUGUCACACUGUGUAAGGGAAUCGCAUGGAGAUGGGCCUUCCGAACUGUUAAUGGGGACAUGGGACUCCAGUUGUCUCUGAUCACUGGUGUGGAUUUUCCUGCUGUAGAACGACAGAAGCCGCUAGUAAGUCGCCAAGACCUAUAGCAGGAAUUCUGCGUGAAAGGGCAUAAAACCUUGUCGUUUUAAUUUGUACCUGGGAGAAUGUCUGAGCAAGGAGACCUGAAUCAGGUGAUAGUGGAGGAAGGAGGGACUGAGCAGGAGGCGGCCACUCCAGAGAACGGCAUUGUGAAAUCAGAAAGUCUGGAUGAAGAGGAGAAGCUGGAACUGCAGAGGCGGCUAGAGAUUCAGAACCAAGAGAGAAGAAAAUCCAAGUCAGGAGCAGGAAAAGGUAAACUGACUCGCAGUCUUGCUGUCUGUGAGGAAUCUUCAGCCAGACCAGGAGGUGAAAAUCUUCAGGAUCAGGAAUCAAUUCAUUUACAGCUUUCCAGUUUUUCCAGCCUGCAAGAGGAGGAUAAAUCUAGGAAAGAUGACUCUGAAAGAGAAAAAGAAAAGGAUAAAAACAAAGAUAAAACCUCUGAAAAACCCAAGAUCAGAAUGUUAUCAAAAGAUUGCAGCCAAGAAUACACGGAUUCCACAGGCAUAGACUUACACGAGUUUCUGAUUAACACAUUAAAGAAUAAUUCCAGGGACAGGAUGAUUCUCUUGAAAAUGGAGCAGGAAAUUAUUGAUUUCAUUGGUGACAACAAUAAUCAUUACAAAAAGUUCCCUCAGAUGUCAUCCUAUCAGAGGAUGCUUGUCCAUAGGGUGGCAGCCUACUUUGGAUUGGAUCACAAUGUGGAUCAAACAGGAAAAUCUGUUAUCAUCAACAAGACCAGCAGCACCAGAAUACCAGAGCAAAGGUUUUGUGAACAUUUAAAAGAUGAAAAAGGUGAAGAAUCCCAGAAGCGGUUUAUCUUGAAGCGAGAUAACUCUAGUAUUGAUAAAGAAGACAAUCAGCAAAACAGAAUGCAUCCAUUUAGAGAUGACAGACGAAGUAAAUCAAUUGAAGAGAGAGAAGAGGAAUAUCAGAGAGUGAGGGAGAGAAUAUUUGCACACGAUUCAGUUUGCUCCCAGGAAAGCCUUUUUGUGGAAAACAGUAGGCUCUUGGAAGACAGUAACAUAUGCAAUGAGACCUAUAAGAAAAGACAGCUCUUUCGGGGCAACAGAGAUGGCUCAGGGAGAACAUCUGGAAGUCGCCAGAGCAGCUCAGAGAAUGAACUCAAGUGGUCUGAUCACCAAAGGGCCUGGAGCAGCACAGACUCUGACAGCUCCAACCGCAAUCUGAAGCCCGCCAUGACCAAGACGGCAAGUUUUGGGGGCAUCACGGUGCUGACUAGAGGUGACAGCACAUCCAGUACCAGAAGUACCGGGAAGCUGUCCAAAGCAGGUAGUUCUGAGUCUUCUAGCAGCACAGGCUCCUCAGGAUCACUGUCCCGCACCCAUCCGCCUCUCCAGAGCACACCCCUGGUCUCGGGCAUGGCAGCCGGUUCCCCAGGCUGUGUGCCCUAUCCUGAGAAUGGAAUGGGGGGCCAGGUCGCUCCCAGCAGCACCAGCUACAUCCUCCUGCCACUUGAAGCUGCAACAGGCAUCCCGCCCGGAAGCAUCCUUCUUAAUCCACAUACAGGCCAGCCCUUUGUGAAUCCCGAUGGAACUCCUGCAAUAUACAACCCGCCCAGCAGUCAGCAGCCCCUGCGGAGCGCGAUGGUGGGGCAGUCCCAGCAGCCCCCGCAGCAGCAGCCCUCCCCUCAGCCUCAGCAGCAAGUCCAGCCUCCACAGCCACAAAUGGCAGGCCCACUGGUCACUCAGUCUGUCCAGGGGCUGCAGGCUUCCUCCCAGUCAGUGCAGUACCCGGCAGUCUCUUUUCCUCCCCAGCAUCUCCUGCCUGUGUCUCCAACCCAGCACUUCUCCAUGAGAGACGAUGUGGCGACACAGUUUGGCCAGAUGAACCUGAGCCGGCAGUCCUCAGGGGAGACUCCUGAGCCUCCGUCCGGUCCUGUCUACCCGUCCUCCCUCAUGCCACAGCCAGCCCAGCAGCCAAGCUAUGUCAUCGCCUCUGCAGGCCAGCAGCUUCCUGCUGCGGGGUUCUCGGGCUCUGGCCCUCCCAUCUCCCAGCAAGUCCUCCAGGCUCCUCCCUCACCACAGGGAUUUGUGCAACAGCCUCCACCUGCACAGAUGCCUGUGUAUUAUUACCCAUCUGGUCAGUACCCUACCUCAACCACACAACAGUACCGGCCCAUGGCCUCAGUUCAGUACAAUGCCCAGAGGAGUCAGCAGAUGCCGCAGGCAGCCCAGCAAGCAGGUUACCAGCCAGUCCUGUCUGGUCAACAGGGGUUCCAAGGCCUCGUGGGAGUGCAGCAGCCUCCUCAGAGUCAGAGCGUGAUGAGCAACCAACAAGGAACUCCGGUGCAAAGCGUGAUGGUUUCCUACCCAACAAUGUCUUCUUAUCAGGUGCCAAUGACCCAAGGUUCUCAAGGACUGCCCCAGCAGUCAUACCAACAGCCAAUCAUGCUACCUAACCAGGCAGGUCAAGGGUCACUCCCAACCACUGGCAUGCCUGUUUACUGCAAUGUCACACCGCCAACCCCUCAGAACAACCUUAGGCUGAUUGGCCCACACUGCCCCUCCAGCACCGUCCCUGUGAUGUCAGCCAGCUGCAGGACAAACUGUGCGAGUAUGAGCAACGCUGGUUGGCAGGUCAAAUUCUGAGAGUUCUGGCUGUGGUACGUUUCUUCAGAUAUUUACUCAUGGCCUUUAAGGGAAGAAGAACAAAGUGGGAAAACUGGCUGAGGACUUAAGUAUUCACUCAACACUCAAAUGAUUGCUGCUGGUAUUCUGUAAAAAACAAACAAAGACUAAUAACACAUGUUAGCUGGUUAAUGGUGCAUAUUUCUGUCAUGUCUGCUAGGUAUGCAUUUAUAGCUUAGCUAGUGACAUGAAUUCAUCAAGGUAAGAUUUUCUCCUACCACUGAAUACCACUGUGUAGAUUAUAAUAUCCCUAAUUUGAAUUAGUUUUGUACUUCGUGUUGAGUUUGUGAUGCUAAAAGUAUUUAAAAAUUAUAUACUGAAAUCACAUUGUACCAAAGCUGUAAUGGAAAAGAGAAGAAUCGAUGAAUGGAAGGAAUAAUUUAUAUACACGAUAGAGUUUUCUUUUUUAAUGGAUAUAUACUGUAUUGUAGUGUUUAAUCAAAAUAAAACUAUCUGACCUUAUGAAGGAAGGUCAUGUUUUUAUUACCA